AUGGUUCACUUUUGCCCGUUUUGUUCAAAUUUACUUUUCGUCGAGGAAUGCAGUGGUAAAUUACAAUUAACGUGUAACAUAUGCCCGUUGUUUUUUCCAAUAAAACAGAACGUUAUCUACAGGAACUACUACAAAUUAAAGGAAAUUGACGACGUGCUGGGUGGAGCUGAGGCGUGGAAGAACGUGGACUCGACUGAGGAACGUUGCCCCAAGUGCAGCCACCCCAGGGCGUACUUUAUGCAGCUGCAAACAAGAUCGGCUGAUGAACCGAUGACUACAUUCUAUCGCUGCUGCAACCUGGAUUGUUGUCACAACUGGCGCGACUAA